GCUGAGAGGAACUGGGCGGGCCAGGCUGACAGGUCCAGCGGCAUAGCCGAGCUGACACUCAUCUCCAGCAUAUAACCCCACUUCAUGGAGCCCCGAAUGUUGUGCUAGUGUUCACGGAGCUCCUGCCACUGCUGUCCCCUGCCUGGCAGGCACUCCAGCCAGGCCAAGACCAUGAGGCAGGUGCCGGCUGUGGCCCUGCUCCUGCUCCUGCUGCUGCUGCGGUUUGGGACUCAGGAGGCUGAGGCAUUAAUUGCCUGCGGGAGCCCGAGGAUGCUGAACCGGAUGGUGGGCGGGCAGGACGCCUUGGAGGGCGAGUGGCCAUGGCAGGUCAGCAUUCAGCGAAAUGGAAGCCACUUCUGCGGGGGCAGCCUCAUCACAGAGCGGUGGGUCCUCACCGCAGCGCACUGCUUCUCCAACACCUCUGAAACAUCCCUGUACCAGGUCCUGCUGGGGGUGCGGCAACUGGUGAAGCCAGGGCCGCACGCCAUGUACGCCCGGGUGAAGCAGGUCAAGAGCAACCCCCUGUACCAAGGCAUGGCCUCUAGUGCCGAUGUGGCUCUGGUGGAGCUGGAGGCACCUGUGACCUUCAACAAUUACAUCCUCCCUGUGUGUGUGCCUGACCCCUCAGUCGUCUUUGAGACGGGCAUGAACUGCUGGGUCGCCGGCUGGGGCAGCCCUAGUGAACAAGACCACCUGCCCAACCCCCGGAUCCUGCAGAAACUUGCUGUGCCCAUCAUUGACACGCCCAAGUGCAACCUGCUCUACAGCAAGGAUUCCGAGUCCAGCUUCCAGCCAAAAACCAUCAAGGAUGACAUGCUGUGUGCUGGCUUCGCCGAGGGCAAGAAGGACGCCUGCAAGGGAGACUCGGGGGGCCCCCUGGUAUGCCUUGUGGGUCAGUCAUGGCUGCAGGCUGGGGUGAUCAGCUGGGGUGAGGGCUGCGCCCGCCGGAACCGCCCAGGUGUCUAUAUCCGGGUCACCUCCCACCAUAACUGGAUCCAUCGGAUCAUCCCAGAACUGCAGUUCCAGCGGGCUAGCUCGGGUGGCCAGAAGCGGGACCCCCGGGGCCAGCAGCCCCUCAGUCGGAACUUUGCACCCUUCCUGGCAGCCCAUGCCAUCCUCCUGGUCCUCAUGGCCCUGCUCACCUUCCUCUGA